UUAAACGAGAGACAGAUGGUGCCCAGAAACGCCGAGUGUUACACUGCAUCCAGAGAGCCCUGAUUCGGAGCCAGGAACUGGGCGAUGAGAAGAUUCAGAUUGUGAGUCAGAUGGUGGAGCUGGUGGAGAACCGGACCAGACAAGUGGAUAGUCAUGUGGAACUCUUUGAAACACAUCAGGAAAUCAAUGACACCACUGGCAACAGUGGCAAAGCUGGCCAAGAUAAGUCAAAGAAUGAGACAAUCACGCAGGCAGAAAAGCCGAAUAACAAACGUUCCCGGAGGCAGCGCAACAAUGAGAAUCGAGAAAAUGCAUCUAAUAAUCAUGACCAUGAUGACAUCACCUCAGGAACACCCAAGGAGAAGAAAGCAAAGACCUCGAAGAAGAAAAAACGCUCUAAGGCCAAAGCAGAGAGGGAAGCAUCCCCUGCAGACCUUCCCAUCGACCCAAAUGAGCCCACGUACUGUCUGUGCAAUCAGGUCUCCUAUGGAGAAAUGAUAGGUUGCGACAAUGACGAGUGCCCCAUCGAAUGGUUCCACUUCUCAUGCGUGGGACUCAAUCAUAAACCAAAGGGCAAGUGGUACUGUCCCAAGUGUCGGGGGGAAAAUGAGAAAACAAUGGACAAAGCAUUGGAGAAGUCCAAAAAAGAGAGAGCCUAUAACAGGUAGUUUGUGGACAUUCACUAGUAGUGGGGAAAACAGAACCAGCUAGUGUAUUUAUUACAUUGCCACCUGUGCUGAGGUGUGAGGAUUGUCAAAUGUGUUUUUUCAAGGAAUGUUGGAGAAGGCACCGUUUCCUUCACAGGGAUGGCAGUGACUCUCUCCACCUUUUGUUCUCACUGGUAUAUGUGUGUAAGAAGACAGUGGUCUAUGGAUCAGCAUUUUAGGAACUAC